AUGCUCCUCCAGCUUUCCUUCUACGUUGGCGCAUCGGCAUGCUUUUUGCCCUCGCUUGGCACAUUCUUCUGCUUGCGACAGUCAGUUGCGGGGAGUGUGCCAACAGAUGGGAUCUAUGAAUUCAUUUGCUUUGCGAAGCAGUUCUUCUACGUCUUCGUGCUCUUCACGGCGGCGUUGGACUACAGCGGCCACGUGGGCAGUGGCUCCCCCUGUACUCGCCGUUUUCGCGGUGCUGGAUUACUCCUUGGAUUGCUCUUGACGGUGCUCUUCGCGAUUGGCUUUGCUGGUACCUUGGUUCCGUGGCCUACUGGUCUGGACGGCAUACGGAUUGGCGAAGCCCAACACCCGGGCCAUCGCCGUCGGGCAGCAAAGGGCCAUGCCUUGGCAAUGAAUAUCUCUAACUUGCGCCUCCGAUCCCAUAACCUGGGUGGCGUUCGUCAAUGGGAUCGCAAGCAACGCCUCUGGGACCCUGAGGCCAGCCCAGAUGUUGGCGCCUACCAAGAGACAUGGGCUGAUGCGAAAGAUAUCCUGGACACGACGCGACACCUUGAUGAGCGUGGCUACCGUAGCUAUUGGAGUGCGCCAAGUCCACCGCGUGGCCAGGGAAACGGCUCCUUGGUCACCGCCCUUCGGCCGAUUGUCGCCCGUCCCCUUUUCGACGGGCACUUUGACACCGAGACCGCUCAUCUCUGGAGUACUACUCGUGUUGCAGGGGCCUGGGUGGAGACUCGUAAAGCCAACGAUGGCAUAGGCGUCAUUUCCUUCUAUGGGGUCUCUGGCGGCAAUGCUGAUGCUGGAAAACGUGGUCAAACCGAGCGCUUGCUCACUGCGCUGAUGGGUUACUUGGGCCCCUUUCUCCGGAAGCCACUCUUUAUUUGCAUGGACGCAAACCUCACGCCAGAACGGAGUGAGGUACUGACGGCCUUGGUGCGUUUGGGCUGGGUGGACGUGGCGGCUGGCCUGGGACCCACCUUUCGCAGCGACCCCUCCAGCAACGAGCCCAACUCCAAGAUCGACUAUGUCUUUGCGAACCCCGAGGCUCGGAAAUUGGUUGCUGGCGUCGAGCUUCACUGGGUCCCGGGAUACCAACAUGCUGCGAUUGACAUUUCGCUGCACCUUUCCUUGUCUACGGGGCCAGGGCACCGCUUGAUCACCCCACGUCGUUUGCCACCUCUGGACCCCUUGUGCGCGGGAGAUGCUGAAAAGUAUGACCUGUGGGCCCACACUCAUUGGAAUGAGGUCUUUGCGGCAUCGCACUCUUCAGCGCUAGAGGCUGGUGACACUGAGGCGGCAUGGCAACUUUGCGAAGCCUUUGAUGCUGCCUGCUUGCGAGCCCGCCUGGAGCAUGCUGGUUUCGUUGACUCUGGUGAAUGCCGCGGGCGGGGUGGAGUGCCUAAAAAGGCUCUGGUCCGACCUACUUGUCGCCACAUCAAGCCAGGCGCGAGCCCACAUGAUGCUUUGUGGCACCGUUUUGAGCAGUGGCUGGCGUGGCUACAUGACUUACGCUCGCAAGACACACUGGAGGCUGAGCUACUCUUUGCUACUCUCUGGCGCAUCGCCUGCUCCCGCUUCUCGGUGUUGGUCGCUGGCCUUUGGGAGGAGGAGCUUUCUCCGCAACUUGCCUUUGACGACUGGUGGCUUGAGCUUCAAGCGCGACUCACAUUGGCACGUCAACGUCGGGUUGCUGCCGCUGCUGAGCGUGCUACUGCUGCUAAGCGCAAGUGGGCCACUGCCAUGCGGAAGCUCCCUGCUGCCUGCAGGUAUCUUAAGGGCACUACCUGUUCAAGGACGGGACACCUCGUCGACAAGGAGUCCGGGGAGAUCACGGUCGUUGUUAGCCGUAUGCAUGAUAUGCUCUUGAAGGCGUGGCAACCUCUCUUCCAGCUCUACGCUGAUAGCCCUGAACCCUCUUGGGAUGCAUUCCGUGCAGAAUACUGCUCGGAGUUGGACGGUUGGUACGCACGCUGCCCUGAGGACCUCCCGGCCGAUGCCCUCGAGCAUGCUGUUCGCGGUCGCAAUCCUGCUAAGGUUGGGGGCACUGACGGCUGGUCCACUGCUGAAGGCCACCUGCUGCCUGCUGCUUCGUUUGCUGCGCGCCAGUCUUGUCUGAGCGCGGUUGCGGACGGUGCCCGAUGGCCGUCUCCGCUUCUCUUUGGCACCGUGCCCAUGAUGCCCAAAUCUGACACCGGGUUCCCUGAGGACCAGCGUCCCUUGACCUGCUUGUCGUUGUGGUCAGUGAGUUGGGAUAAGGCCAUCUAUAACUUGUCCAAGAACUGGCUUGAUGAGCUUUUGCCUUGUCAGAUGCGAGGAGCCAGGCCCGAUGCUAUGACCAUGGACAUUGCGUGGGUUGUCACGUUGCUCUUUGAGCAUGCGCACCUGUACCAGCAAUCUAAGCUUGGCUACUUCUUGGACCGUGAAAAGUGUUUUGAUCGCCUGCCGUGGUCCAUCUUGUACGCGCUGGAGGGCUCCACUGGCUUCCCCGCGCAGUGGUCCGCCGCUGAUCAACGGCUCAACUCGGGGUUGCGCACGGCCUUCCGCCUGGGCCCCUUGGUCGGACCUUUCUGGUCGUCGACGAACGCUUUCCGACAAGGCCUCGCUUCCAGCGUCCGCCGGGUCUCGCUGCUGAUGGGCAUUUGGGUUCGGAGACAGGUUUCUCUGCUCCCCGCUUCUUUCGUUGGCAACUUCUUCGAUGAUUGUCUGGUUGUCAACAACUCUGCUGAAGAGAGGCAGCGGUCCAUGGAUGAGAGUGAUCGUUUCGAUGUCUUGACUGGUCAGAAGAUUGGUCACAGAAAGACGGUUGGCUUCGUCCUUCCUGGCGGCGAUGCUCCCUUGUUUUCUCGAGGCGUUGCCCUCAAACAGGUCGCGGUUGACAAACUCCUGGGGGUUCUGGUUCCUGUCGAUGGCCUCCGCGACUCCACGCUGCAGGACAACCGUGUGCUUGCUGCCGAAAAGCUCCUGCCGCCCAUCCUCAAGCUUCCCAUCACUCUUGAGGAAAAGGCCACGCUGAUCUCCUUGAAGACUGCUGGUGCGCGUUACGGCUUAGAUAUCGAGGAGCCCUCGCCUGCCUGUGCUCAUGGUUUCGACCAGCAGGUGUUGCAAGGUCUGUGUGGAUUCCGAGCUCUUCGUUGCAAGGCCACUGCCAUGUGUCUUGCGUGGAGGGGCCAUCGCCUUUUCCUCGAGAUGGCGGUGCCGUUUCAGGCCUUCGACACUGCUCAUCGGCAGCUGCAGCGGUCGGCUCAGAUCAGAGAUCUCUUUCGUGAAGUUUGGGAGUUCAGAGAUGCUCAUGGUCUUUGGGAGGGCGCUGGCAUCGUGAGCCACCUCGCACGCCAGUGCACUAAGUUGGGAUGGCAGUGGACUGCGGCAUUCGGCUUGGAAGCUACGCAUGGCCUUGACAUUGAUCUUCAUUGUCCCAUUCGUGGGUGGUACCAGCACCGUCUGCGGGUCGCCAUUCGGCAGGCCCUGCUUUCCAACGCACCUGCGCGCAAAGACCUGCACGGCAUUCACGAGGGAGUGAACUACGAGCUCACUACCCGGCUCCUGAUGGGACAGAGUCUUUCCUUGGAGCAGCGAUGCCGACUCCGCUUCUUGUUUGAGGGCCGGGUCGCUACUGCUGAGCGUGCUUCCAAACACACUGGUUGCUCGGCCACCUGCCCAAACUGCGACAUGGACGUGAUUGAAACAUCUAUGCAUGUCUCUCAGGUGUGCCCUGCCUUCGCUGCUCAGCGUCGUGCCCUGCUGGAUGCUACGACUCAGGUUGAGCGAGACUCUUGGCCUGCUUGUUUCUGGAAUGCUGGCAUCGUCCCCUUUGACCCGAUGCUUGCUGCCGCAAACCGUGAGCUCGGUUGCUUUUCGUGCCUUGAUGGCCCAGCCCCACCCGCUCCUUCGUGUACGUGCUCUGAAGUUUGGAUGCGCGAUGGUCGUCUUGUGGUGGCUGGUGACGGUGCCUGCUCCCACCAGGGCUUGCCCAUCGCUCGGGCGGGCUGUGGCGCCUACUUUGGACCUGAGCACAGUCUCAACUUUGCCUUCGCACUGGAGGGCCCGUUGCAGGACUCUGACCGUGCUGAACUUCGUGCACUCCUUCGUGUGGCAAGGUGGACCCCGUCCGCGACGGAAUACUUGACUGACAACGAGGCGGUGCUGCUUGGCUUCGCAAAGCUCCUGGAAGGUCAUGCCAAGCCUUGGAACGAUCACCAUGAUUUGUGGCAUGCGCUUGGUCAGGUGUUGCGCUCCCGUGGCUGGGAUUUGCUCCGAGUCUCCUUUGUCAAAGGGCACGCUGCGGAGUUGGAUGUUGCUCUUGGCCGUGCCUCACCCCGUGAGGCUUUGUGGAACGCACAGGCUGACAGCCUCGCUGUGGCUGGCGCUGCCCUUCAUGCGCUCCCCCAGGAACUUGUGUUGCGUUUUCAAAGGCAAGCUGCUGUCACCGCUCUGCUGCAAAAGACGCUUCUUGAAAUCCAUGCGGAGAGGACGCGACUGUGGCAAACUUCUCAGCCUGCAGGCCCUAGUGGUCAGAAUCCUGAAGUUGAGCGUGCUGCUGACUCUCUCGAGGCAGAUGAAGACGCCGCGAGGGCCCUUCAAGACGACCCUCCAAGACAGCUUGACGUCCAGCAUGUGCUGCAAAACCCUCAGACUGCAUUGCCACGCUACUGCUGGGUCAAGCCGGAUGGAGGCACCAGGUUUCGUCUGCAGCCUUUGCCCAGCAAAGUUGGCCCUGCGACCUUGCGUCAAGAUCGCCACAAGGGUUGCCCUUCACAUAAUCCUUGGCUUUAUGGUUACGGUUUGUUAGAGCCUCUUUUCUGGUUUUGGGCUAGCCUACGGUGGGUCGAUGAAGCAACUGCCAGCAGUGAUGCGGUCCAGUCCACUUCCUUUAUGGAGUUGGCAAUUGCUUUCCAGCUACUCACCGGCGUGCUUGCUGCAGACCCGAAGCACGGAGCAUCGCCCACCAUGCAGCAGAGAGUGCACUGGUUUCGAUCGGCAUCUAAGAGGCUUGAGGCCAUCAUAGGCGGCUCCCUGGUGCCGGGUGAGUGGCUGGCCACUUCGGAUGUCUUAAGGCGACUUCGUUUUCAGCAUGGCCCUGGAGUUUCUGGCCGCAUAGUGCUCCCUGAGCCUUUCUGGCAACACUUCUGUGCAGUGCUUGUUAGGUCACACCUCGAGGUGCCCUUCGUCCCUGGCAGGCAUCGUCAACUUCAUUGGAAGCCAAACUUUGACCGACCGCCUCCUGCACUGUGGUGCUCUGGGGCCCCCGUGGGGUUUGAGGAAACGCAACGCUGGCUUCAACUGCGCUCGCUUCCUGAAGUCAUUGCUGAGGCCGCUGCUGGAAACGGUGCUGCUGAUCCAGAUGAUGGCCGUGUAAGUGUUCGGCAGCCUGCGCCCCCUACGUUCCGGAGAGUGCGUGGCAAACGUCCUGAUGACGUCCUCCCGCCACCAGCGCCAGUGAUUGAGACGCCGCUGCCGAAAGCUCGGGCAGCGAUCAGGUCGGUGAGGCCUUCUUUUGAUGAACUCUCAGCGGAGGAGCGAAAUCAACUGCGAGGGUUCUCUGGAGUCGCAAAAAAUCAGAUGCUCAAGCUCGUGGUGCACAACCGCACGGCUGCUGCUAAUGGUAAGCAUUUCGUUGUUCGUGGUCAUGAGCAAGACACUGUUGGUCAGAUCCGCUGCCGUGACUGUGGCAUGGGCGGCCGUUGGGCCGAGUGGCGAUUCUUCUCUUCGAUCGCCAAGUGCAAGCGUGAGCAGGCUCGCCAGCCUGGUCGCUGA